AAGAAAGUUACAAUAAUGUCAGGUUCUACCGGCGUUGAAAAUCAAAUGAACUGUCAGUUAUCAGCUCGUCUCCCUAAAGAUCCUCGUGAGCCUCGCUCAUUAUCAUCAUCAUCUCCUUGUUUCCCAAUCACACUUAAGUUCGUUGAUGUCUGUUACCGAGUGAAGAUCCAUGGCAAAACCGGCGAUUCCUGUAAGAUCAAGAGAUUGUUGGGACUAGAACAAAAACCGUCCGAUGAGAUUCUAUCGACGGAGGAGAGGACCAUACUUAGUGGAGUCACCGGAAUGGUGUCACCCGGCGAGUUUAUGGCCGUUCUUGGACCAUCAGGAAGCGGUAAGUCCACGCUUCUAAACGCUCUCGCAGGGAGACUCCACGGACCAGGUCUCACCGGAAAAAUACUCGUCAACGACGCGAAACCUACGAAACAUACCCUAAAACGUACUGGCUUCGUCGCGCAGGACGAUCUCCUCUACCCUCACUUGACCGUACGUGAAACCCUAGUUUUCGUCGCCCUGCUCCGCCUCCCUCGGAGUCUAACAAGACACGACAAGAUCAACGCCGCCGAAUCAGUGAUCUCCGAGCUGGGGCUUGAGAAAUGUGAGAACACCGUGGUUGGUAACACUUUCAUCAGAGGGAUCUCGGGUGGUGAGAGGAAACGAGUGAGCAUAGCUCACGAGUUACUCAUCAACCCGAGCCUUCUUGUACUCGACGAGCCAACGUCUGGACUCGACGCUACGGCAGCUCAACGGCUCGUUCAGACCCUCGCCGGGAUGGCUCAUGGUAGAGGGAAGGCGGUGGUGACGUCUAUUCACCAGCCAUCGAGCCGUGUGUUCCAGAUGUUUGAUACUGUGCUUCUUCUUAGCGAAGGAAAGUGUUUGUUCUACGGAAAAGGAAGAGACGCCAUGGCUUACUUCGACUCCGUCGGGUUCUCGCCGGCGUUUCCAAUGAAUCCGGCUGACUUUCUUCUCGAUCUUGCUAACGGAGUUUGUCAAAUUGACGGCAUGACAGAACGGGAAAAGCCAAACGUGAAACAAACGCUGGCUGUUGCUUACAAUACAUUGUUAGCCCCAAACGUCAAAACCUGCAUCGAUGCGUCACCUUCUCUUGGAGAUAACAUGCGUUUUGUAAAAACGCGAGAGAACGCACAUGGAAUAACGUCAGCUAUCACAACAUGGUUCAGCCAACUUUGCAUUCUCCUCCACAGACUUCUUAAAGAGCGGCGCCACGAAUCUUUCGACGCACUUCGCGUUUUCCAAGUCAUCGCGGCUUCACUACUCUCUGGUCUAAUGUGGUGGCACUCUGAUUAUCGAGACGUACACGACCGACUGGGACUACUCUUCUUUAUAUCCAUUUUCUGGGGGGUAAUUCCGUCAUUUAGCGCAGUCUUCACGUUUCCGCAAGAACGAGCUAUCUUCACUCGAGAGCGUGCCUCCGGUAUGUACACGCUCUCAUCUUACUUCAUGGCACACGUCAUCGGAUCGCUCUCCAUGGAACUCGUUCUCCCGACAGCGUUCUUGACGUUAACUUAUUGGAUGGUUGGUUUACGUCCAGGGCUAGUCCCUUUCUUCCUUACCCUUUUCGUGCUAUUGCUAUACGUUUUAGCCUCUCAAGGACUUGGACUUGCGCUAGGCGCAGCGAUCAUGGACGCGAAAAAAGCUUCCACGAUCUCGACCGUGACGAUGCUAGCGUUUGUGUAAUCUUAUAGAACUGCUUGAUUCUAUUCAUUCACAUACGUAACAUAUUUAUACAACUCCCUACACCGACUUGGUGAGGAUAAACUCAACAACUAAUUACAUGUUUAUCUCUAAGAUAUAGCAUCUUUAUCUCUAGUGACAUCUUUAUCUCUUCCGACAAUAUCUCCUCCAAUACUCCCCCUCAAGUUGGGAGUGUGGAAGUUUCGAACUCCCAACUUGAACAACAAUUCUUCAAACUGCACUUUCCCAAGCGCCUUAGUCAAUACAUCAGCUAGUUGCUCUGUUGUUCUCACAUGAACAGUUUUCAACAGUCCCUCCUGAAUAGCAUCCCUCACUUGAUGACAGUCCGACUCAAUAUGCUUAGUUCUUUCAUGAAACACUGGAUUUGCAGCUAUGUAUAUGGCAGAUUUGCUAUCACAGAAUAGCUUAGACGGAGUCUUCUGUGGAGCACCCAAGUCUUUAAGUAGUCUCCUGAGCCACUUAAUCUCUCUUGUCGCCUGCGCCAUUGACCUGUAUUCAGACUCAGCUGAUGAAUGAGACACAACCUUUUGCUUCUUAGUCCUCCAAGACACUGGUGAAUCACCAACCAACGCUACAAAUGCACUCAAUGACCUCCUCGUAACAGGGCACGACGACCAGUCCGCAUCGCAGUAGACAGACAAACAAGUAUCAACCUGAGAACUCAGUAGUAUCCCCUGACCAAUAGUUCCUUUUAAAUAUCGCACCACUCUCAUAGCAGCAUUCCACUGCAUCUCUCUAGGCUUCUGCAUAAAUUGCGACAAAAUAUGGACCGCAUAUGAUAUGUCAGGCCGUGUGAUGCCUAAAUAAAUCAAGCGCCCCACAAGCCUUCUGUAUUUCUCAGCAUCUUGCAACCAUGGACUCGAGUCUAAAGCCAGCUUAUGCUGAAUCUCCAUGGGCGUAGCAGCUGGUUUCGAACCAAGCAACCCAACCUCUGCAACUAAAUCCAACGUAUACUUGCGUUGUGAUAACAUAAAGCCUUCAGCUCCUCGUCCAACUUCUAUUCCUAGGAAGUAUUUUAGUUUCCCCAGGUCCUUCAUACGAAAGCAUUUGCCCAAAUGUUCCUUAAACUUGGUCAAAAAAUCCAUGUCAUUUCCACAAAUGACUAAAUCAUCCACAUAGAUAAGUACCUUGAGUUCCACGUUUCCUUUCGAGUACACAAACAGAGAAUAGUCUGCAUAAGAAUGAUGAAACCCAAAGCCUUUAAGUGCAUCUGUGAGCUUCUGAAACCAACAUCUGGGAGCUUGCUUCAGUCCAUAUAUCGCCUUAUGUAACCUACACACCUUGUUUGGUCCCGACGCUUUAAACCCUUGCGGAAGCUUCAUGUACACCUCUUCCUUAAGAUCUCCGUGCAAGAAGGCAUUGUGCACAUCCAUCUGAUGCACAAUCCAGCCUUUCCCUGCUACAAUUCUCAGUAAACUCCGUACUGUCGUCAUCUUUGCAACUGGAGCAAACGUCUCCUUGUAGCCUCUGCCAUGUACUUGUCGAUUUCCUAAAGCAACCAGUCUUGACUUUGGUCUUUCUAUUGUCCCAUCAGCAUUGUAUUUGUAUUUGUAUAGCCACAUAUUGCCGAUGGCUUUCUUCCCGGGAGGUAGAUCAACUAUGCUGAAUGUUUUGUUAAUCUCAAACGCUGUGAUCUCACUCUUCAUAGAGUUUCUCCAAAUCUUCUGUUGCACAGCUUCCUUAUAACUUCUUGGCUCUUUCGCCUCUGUUAUUGCUGCUAGGAACGCCUUAUGUGCAGGUGAGAAUUUAUCAUCACAGAUAUAAUCAGUAAUAGGGUACGGAGUAGUACCUGGAACCGUCAACGAUGACUCUGAUUUUUGAGAAGCUGCAGUGUGAUCGUGGUGGGGUUCUUUUUGAAGACAGAUUGCAUUGUAUGUAACAUAAUCUUGCAGCUUUGUAGACGGUUUCUUUAUUCUGCACCCUUUACCUAAUUCUACACUGGUCACCACAUUCUCUGCUUCAUUACUACUUGACGCCACAACAUUACUCUGUUUUUGCGGCUCACUCUGUUUUUCCAUAAUUGUUGAACUCACUUCUUUACCAGUAACAGAAACUUCUUCACUUGUCGCAGAAACAUCACUCCCCCUGCGAUCACUAAUCUCCACAUCAAUGAUCCAGUCAUCAUCUGGACUUCCAGUCAUCUUUCUGACUUCUUUCAAACAAUUCUCUUUUUCUUGUUCAUAAGGAAACACACCUUCUUCAAAACUCACAUCUCUUGAAGUCAAGAAUUCAUUCUUUUCCUUGUCAUAAACUCGCCAGGCCUUCUUCCCAAACGGAUAGCCUACAAAUACACAUUGUAUACUUCGUGCUCCAAACUUAUCUUUGUCUCUCCCACGCCUAUGCACAUGACACAACGAACCAAACACUCGUAACGAGUCAUAGUUUGGUUUUCUUCCAAAUAAAACUUCAUAUGGCGACUUGUUUUUCAACACUUUAGUUGGUGUCAUGUUGAUAACAUGAGUAGCUGCUGUAAUAGCCUCCCCCCAGAAUUUAAUAGGCAUCUGAGACUGAAACAACAUAGCUCUCGCAACGUUUAAUAUAUGUCUGUGCUUUCUCUCUACUCUCCCAUUCUGCUGUGGUGUGUCCACACAGCUUGUCUGAUGUAUUAUCCCCUUGUCUUGAAAGAAAUUUCUUAAACAAAUGAAUUCUGUUCCAUUGUCACUUCUCACCAUUCGAACUUGUUCACCAAACUGCUUCUCAGUGUAAGCACAAAACCUUUGAACCACAGUCUUUACUUCUGACUUUGCAAGCAGAAGAUGUGUCCACACUGAUCUAGAAAAAUCAUCUACCAUCGUUAAAAAAUACAGAGCUCCACUCGAUGAAGGUAUUCUGUAAGGUCCCCACACAUCCAUAUGAACCAAUUCAAAAAUCUUGCUUGUUUUAUUGAUACUGUCAUAAAAAAACAUCCCUUGUUUGCUUGGCUCUAAAACACACAUUGCAAUAACUAGAGCCAGCCUUAUUUUUAAAACCAGAAAGCUCAGACAACGAAGAAAACACAGAAAUUGAAGGAUGCCCGAGUCUCCUAUGCCACAACAGUUGAUCUUCAGUUCCAUCAGCCUUGCACGCACGAGCGACUCUCACAUCCCUGAAGAAGUAAACCCCACCACGUUCCUCACCGGCUCCAAUCAGAGUCUUCGAAGAACGGUCCUGCAACACACAAAUAGUGUCUGUAAAUAAAGCAAAGCAAUUUGAAUGACGCAAAAGCUUAGACACCGAAACUAGAGUACAAUCCAUAUUCGGUACUAAAAGAACAUCUCUCAGUGUAAUUCUAUCCGAGAGAAUCAUGUCACCCAUCUGAACAGAUGUAGAUCUUCCUCCAUCCGCAAAACCAAUCACACACGGCUGUGUGCGUCUCAAGUUAACUAGAAACUCUGCAGUUCCUGUCAUAUGGUGCGAAGCACCGGAGUCGAUGAUAACAUCACCUAUAGGCUUACCAGAAAGCUUCUCAGAUUGAUUGCCUGAUCUUCCAUCAUUAAUAAUCUGAGUGAUUGCUCUCCAUUGCUCUGGUGUCAGAUCAGAAGUUCCAGACACGUUUGAAUUAGUCACAUGAGCAGUGUUUGCUGAGCUACGUCCAGUUGCUCCCCCACGACCAUAUCCUCCAUUAGAUCUUCCUCGUCCAGUACCUCUGCCUGCACCUCUUCCUCCCCGUUCACUCAUCCAUUCGGGGUAACCAAUUAUCUGCCAGCAGUUGUUCUUUUCAUGACCAGUUUUGCCACAAUUAGAACAAACCCUGUCUUUAAAACGAUUCCCAUAACCUCCAUCAGUAUUGUUAUUUCGUGUUGCAGAGUUACUUGCAUCACGACUGUCUCCUUUUGCCCUUGAGUUCUCAUCGUCUUUUCUGCUCACAAAACCGAUAGCUUCUUGCUGAGACACUUCUCUGGAUUUUGCAGUGUUAAGUCUAGCUUCUUCUCUGAUCACUUUCGCAUAAGCUUUACCCAAAUCAGGUAACUCGUCUGCUUCAAUUAUAGCUGUCACCACGUUGCUGAAUCGAGAGUCAUCAAGCCCCAUGAUGAACUGAUGUACGCGUUCAUCUUCCCUUUCUUUCUCGUAGGUUGCAGCAGCUGAACAACUACAUGCAGGAGGCGGUUUGUAGGUUUGAAGCUCCUCCCACAUCAUCGCAAGACGUCCAUAGUAGUCUAUCACCGGCUGUCCAUUCUGUCUACACGAUGCCAAUUGUUCCAUCAAUUGAUGAACACGUACUUUAUUGCCUACUUCAAAUCUCUUCUUCAAAUUUUCCCAAAGUUUAUGUGCUUCGGUUAUAAAUGUCACAGUCGAUCUAACUCUUGGCUCUAUUGAGGAUCUGAUCCAUCCCACAAUCAUUGAGUUAACACUCAACCAUGAUUCCAACUCACCGCUCUCUUCACUAGGUUUAGGAAGUGUUCCAUCAAUGAACCCCAUCUUCUUCUUUGCCCUAAGAGCAUUACCCAUCUCCAUUGCCCAUUCAUUAUAAUUAUCACCCUUCAACUGAACGGAUGUAAUCAAGGCACCUGGAUUGUCUGACGAAAACAGAGCAUACGGUGAACUCCCCAUAACUUCAUUCUGUUUUGUCACGAUUAUCUUAGCAUCAUCACCCAUUGUUUUACUUGUUCGUCAAGCAAACAAACACACACGAAGAUUUGAUUAUGAUCUCCGCUCUGAUACCAUGUAAUCUUAUAGAACUGCUUGAUUCUAUUCAUUCACAUACGUAACAUAUUUAUACAACUCCCUACACCGACUUGGUGAGGAUAAACUCAACAACUAAUUACAUGUUUAUCUCUAAGAUAUAGCAUCUUUAUCUCUAGUGACAUCUUUAUCUCUUCCGACAAUAUCUCCUCCAAUAGUUUGUUUUAGCCGGUGGUUACUACGUGAACAAAGUGCCUUAUGGAAUGGUGUGGAUGAAAUACACUUCCACGACGUUUUAUUGUUACCGUUUAUUAAUUGCGAUCCAGUACGGAAAUGGUGACGAUAUAUUGAGGAUGUUUGGAUGCAAGUCUGGGAUAGCACAAGGAAAGGCUAUGACUGCUGGGUGUAGGUUUAUUGAGGAAGACGUGAUUGGAGAUAUUGGCAUGUGGACAAGCGUUAGUGUUUUGUUUCUAAUGUUUGUUGGUUAUAGAGUAUUAGCUUACUUGGCUUUGAGGCGUAUUAAACUUUGAAAUAAAGUGAGCAGGGGAAAAACAAAGAGUGGGUAAAAGGUUUUUUUUUUAAUUAAUUCACAAUAUUUUUUUUUGAACUGAAUUAAUUCACAAUAUUAAGCUGUUGCUUUGUAAUUCACGAUUUGGCGACGGGUAGGUGGUGUUUUGUUUCUAAUGUUUGUUCCAUUGUCCAGUUUUUUAACAUGUAAAACCAAAAUGACAGUAAUUUUAGUUGAUUUACAAGAAAAGAA